UUCUUGCUCGAAGACUCGGACAGUAGCUGUGGUGUCAUCCCCACUCUUUUUCAUUUUCUCCUACUAGGUCUUACUAUCUUUUUGGAAGCUUUCAUCGUAAAACAGCGAGGCAGAAUGACCCUUUCGAGUCCCAACCCCGUGUUCAGAUUCCAUGGCGAACCUUACUCCGUGAAAGUCGAGAAUGUAGCACAUACAGUGACUCGUCAGGACCUCGUGACACUGUUCACCACACUCAUCGGUGACAUCUCCAACUGUACUGAGUACCAGGAUGAAAAAACCCAGCGUGUAUUCGAACUUGCGUUUACAAAUCCAGAUGCGUCCAAAAAAGCACUUUGUAUGUUGGGCUACAACAUUGCGGGGGUACCUCUCGUCGUGUCCGAGUCCUUCCCGAUCGACAGCCGUCGCCAAGGCAAGCACGGGUCUGGACGUCUCAACGAUUCACGUCGUAACCUCUACGUCCUUGGCUUACCAUUUGACCUUACUAAGUUGGAAUUUACGGAUCUCUUUUCGCGUUAUGGGACCGUCUCUCAUGCAGUCAUCCUGGCGACUGUUGACAACGCUUCCCGACGGCGCGGAUUCAUUGUAAUGAGCACGCAUCAGGAGUCCAAGGCAGCUAUGGAUGGACUUAGUCGCAAAGAGAUCAAGGGUCAUACCAUCGACAUCUCGUGGGCUGUCGUACAACGCUCUGGAGGCUUUUUGGACGGUGGCGACCGUACUAUGGUUCUGUCUCAGCAAAAUAACUCGGGAGCUUCCGGCCCUGCAUCCGACUACGACAUGGCGGAAUCUAUUGCCUCUCCUGAAACGCCAGCUAUCUGCACGCCUCCCAUGGAUUGCAAUCUGCAGUCUCUUCCUGUUCCAACUCUGCUUGUCACCAACUUGCCUACUAUGCUCUUCUCUCAAGAUGGCGACCUCUAUCCUCUUCUGUGUCCGUUCGGGGAGAUUGUCCAGCUGAGGGUCCUGAAUCGAUCAACCGAUACGGACACUCUCUCUGUGUCUGUCGAGUACAAAACAAUGGCACAAGCUCGAGAAGCAAAAGAACUACUUGACGGCCAGCUCUAUCACGACCGCCACGUCAAAGCCGAGUUCCUGCUUCCUGAGCCUUCUUCGCCGGUCGCCUCAGACUUUAGUACCUGGUCUACCACUGGUGGUAAUAACAAACCUAGACUCAACCCUUACGCACCGCCAUUCAAGGUUCAAACGGGCAUCGCUUCUGACACCUCCGGCGGCUACAAUCCUUUCCGGUAUCAAGUCCAAGACUGUUAUGGAAGCGACGAUGACUUCGCUCCUGGUCGUCGGUGGUCUGGCUGCUCUACUCCGUUACACGCGCUAGCUUCUUCGCGAUCGCAGGUUUACUCCAGGUCUGGGCUGCUUGCUCCUCCUCUUGCUACGUACCGGCCUCACUCUGCACCUUCCGAUCCCAACAAAGGUGCACACUUCCGCCCUGGAAACUGGACCUCAUCUUCCCAAGACUACACAAGCCUCUCUUCCGUUCCAUUCUCUGCGUACUCAACCUAGGCUUUGCGCACUCACUCUUUACCUUCUGCUUGCACCCUUCGUUCCGCGUCAUUUGAGCCUCGCUACCUUAAAGUAUAAGCACUGUUUAAGUAAGUCCCUUCUUUACGGACUGUAUGCAUGGCUUACAUGGUCGUUCAGUCUCUGAGAAAUUCGCGCAACCCAUCCGUGCCGGAGGCUACUGUAAUUCACGUUCUUUACUGGACCUUUUCCCAACAUUAUGUUUGUAUGACCGAACCAUCCUGUCAUCCUGUUUUACCUGUGU